GUGCCGGGGAGACCCGCGAUGGGCUCCGGCCGCUGCCGCUCGCUCCUGCCCGCGCUGCUGCUGCUGCUGGUGCUGCUGCUGGUGCUGCCCUCGGCGUGGGGUGACUGUGGGCCCUUGCCCAAUAUCAGCCACGCAGAGCCCACAGAGGACGUGAAAGACAAGCAGAGCUUCAGUGAGGGCUCCACGGUGAGGUUUGUCUGUGUCACAGGUUACACCAAACGCCCCUUCCUCUCCGACGCCGUCCAGUGCCUCACAAACUCCCAGUGGUCCCACCUCCCGGAGUUCUGUGGCC